UCCAUGCAAAUCCAAAUGGCUUCCGUGCCCUUCUUCUCUCGUUUCCAUUUGCUUCCUUCAAACCAAUCAUCAUUUCCACCAAAUUCAACCUUUCACCUUCACCUUCACAACCCACAACACCCAUUCGCCACCAAUGCAAACCCCUCUUCUUCUGAUCACAAAGCUCAAGACUUUGCCACAAACCCAGUUCAGGGAAUCGGUGGCGCUCCGAAGAAGAAGAAGGCCAAGGAGAAGGUUCACUGGGUUUGCAGCAAUUGCGGCUACAGUGCAGGGCAAUGGUGGGGUGUGUGUAGGUCAUGUGGUGAAGCUGGAACCAUGAAAGAGUUUCAUGAAACCAAAGGAAGUGACAACAAGGUGAGUGGUUUUGCUGUUAUGGAUGGUGCUGUUGGGUCAUGGCUACCUCACCAGGAAGAAACUCAGUUGCGUCCAUUGAGAUUGGCUGAGGUCAAUAGAGGUCUUGAUCAGCUUCAUUGGAGGAUUCCAUUAAAUGGUCCUUGUGGAAAUGAAGUUUCUAGAGUGCUUGGUGGAGGCCUUGUACCAGGCUCUUUGACUUUAGUUGGUGGCGAUCCUGGAGUCGGGAAAAGUACUAUGCUGCUGCAGAUUGCUGCAAUGAUCACAGAAGAGUGCAAUGAUAGUGAAGCAUCUCCAGUUGUGUACAUCUCUGGUGAAGAGAGUGUUGAGCAAAUAGGCAAUAGGGCGGAUCGCCUUGGCAUUACAGAAGACAUUUAUUUAUAUUCAAGUAAUGAUAUUGAGGAUAUAUUGAAAAAAGUUCAGUAUCUCUCCCCUCGGGCCCUGGUUAUUGAUUCAAUACAAACUGUUUAUUUGAAAGGAAUAAUGGGAAGUCCUGGAGGGAUUAUGCAGGUGAAAGAAUGCACUUCAGCUUUGCUGCGAUUUGCAAAGACAACAAACAUCCCCGUUCUUUUGAUUGGGCAUGUGACUAAAUCUGGAGACAUAGCUGGACCUCGUGUCUUGGAGCAUAUUGUAGACGUUGUUCUGUAUAUGGAAGGGGAGAAGUACUCCACCCAUCGUAUGCUUCGAGCUGUGAAAAAUCGAUUUGGAUCCACUGAUGAGCUUGGAGUUUUUGAGAUGUCACAUUCAGGACUUCAGGCUGUUUCAAAUGCGAGUGAAAUGUUUCUCAGUGAGCAACAUUUAGAUUCAGAAAUAUUAGCAGGGCUAGCUGUUGCUGUGAUAAUGGAUGGCUCCCGAACAUUCCUUAUUGAAAUUCAGGCACUUUGUCUUUCUGGCUCAACGGGUUCAAGGCAAGUUAAUGGGAUCCAUGCAAAUAGAGCUGAUAUGAUCAUAUCUGUUCUUAUAAAGCAAGCAGGUCUUCGCCUACAAGAAAAUGCUGUGUUUUUGAAUGUUGUUAGUGGGUUGACACUUACUGAGACGGCAGGAGAUCUUGCAAUAGCAGCUGCGAUUUGUAGCAGUUUCUUGGAGGUCCCAAUACCAAAUGACAUUGCAUUCAUCGGUGAAAUUGGACUUGGUGGCGAGCUUCGCAUGGUUCCUAGAAUGGAGAAAAGGGUAUACACAGUGGCCAAAUUGGGUUACAGAAUGUGCAUAGUGCCAAAAACAGCUGAAAAAACUUUAGGAAAGGAGGGUCUAGAAAAGAUGACACUUGUGGGUUGCAGGAAUCUGAAAGAAGUUAUUUACACAGUCUUUCCCAAGGUCACAGGUUCAAGCCAUGGAAACAGCCACUAAUAUAACUAUCAGGUCAGGCUGCGUACAUCACACCUUUUGGGUGCGGCCCUUCUUCAAAUCCAUCCUAUGUUAACGCGAGAUGCUUGUGCCACGGGCUGCCCUUUUUUUUAUGAUGCAAUUAGGCCUCUAGGCGCUGGGCGAGCAAGUGCUCGUAUUUCGUGUUGUUAUAUUUCGUUUCUCUGGUCGAGUAUGUUUUCAGCACUGGUUGUGUACUAUAAGAAAAAAGAGAAAGUAGUCUAUGAUGUGUUUAAAUAGAAACAGCAAAAAUUAUGUAUAUAUCUCAUUUGUGUAUGAAUACCCUGGUUUCAUUUGAUGAAGCUAGAUUGGUUGGUUGAAGUCUUGAAGAUAACAGUCUUGCCCACAUUUUGUCUAUUGUCACCAGUUCACCACCUUCUGCUUCUCAUUUAUCCUCUACACAA